AGGCUUCAGCACUUUUAAGCGGCGGGGGGAGUCCGAGCGAGUCGUUUUCAUUGGCUGGUUCUACCUGUUCACUGCCGGCUGCCAAACGGGUGUGUGUUACAGGCGAAGGCAAAGUCGACUGAGGGAAAAGGAAGUAAAAAAAAAAACAAAAGUAAAAAAGAAAAAAGUUUUCCAGAGUGGAGAUCUUACCAAAAACUCGAGUUUUAAGAAAUUGUCCAGUUUAGCUUCUCUUUUGAAGCUUUAAGGGAAGUAGCCAUGCCCUUAGGGCUAAGAAGUAAGAAAAAAUCCAAGUCGAGGGAGAGCUCGCAUCUGAUGGAGAACGAGGAACUCGGGGAACGCGGAGGAUUCGCCGGGAGUAGCGUUGUCAAAGCGUCCACCAAUGGAGCCGGGCUACCCCCUCCUCCUGCCAACCUGCGCCCUAAGUUGGUGUUUCACACACAGCUGGCUCAUGGCAGCCCCACCGGCAGAAUCGAGGGCUUUACCAACGUUAAGGAAUUGUAUUCAAAAAUUGCUGAAGCUUUUCACAUCUCCGCCGAAGAGAUUCUGUUUUGCACGUUGAAUACCCAUAAAAUUGACAUGGACAAACUAUUAGGAGGGCAGAUAGGCCUGGAGGAUUUUAUAUUUGCACAUAUAAAAGGAACAAAAAAAGAAGUGGAAGUCUUGAAAUCUGAGGAUGCCUUGGGUCUCACCAUCACUGACAAUGGAGCUGGGUAUGCAUUUAUAAAGCGUAUUAAAGAAGGAAGCGUAGUUGAUAAAGUAAAAGUUAUUUGUGUUGGGGAUCAUAUAGAAUCCAUCAAUGGGAAAAACAUAGUUGGCACCAGGCAUUAUGAAGUAGCCAAGAUGUUGAAGGAACUCGAUAAAGGAGUGACAUUUACUCUGAAGCUGGUGGAGCCUUUCAAAGCAUUUGAAAUGCUGGAACCACGUAAAGGGACAAAGUCUGGAGGAGAAGCAAAAAUUGGCACAGGACGUGGCACACUACGGCUUCGGUCUAAGGGUCCAGCAACAGUGGAAGAAGUUCCCACUGAAUUUGAAGAGAAAGCAAUUAAAAAGGUGGAUGACCUUCUUGAAAGUUACAUGGGAAUCCGUGACACAGAAUUGGCUGCAACAAUGGUGGAAGUUGGAAAAGACAAAAAGAACCCAGAUGAGUUUGCAAUGGCACUGGAUGAAACACUUGGAGACUUUGCAUUCCCUGAUGAGUUUGUGUUUGAUGUCUGGGGAGCAAUUGGUGAUGCUAAAGAUGGAAGAUUUUAGUUGUGAUGUAAAUAUUUUUACUGACACCAUGUUUUGGGAUAUAAUACCACUUUUUUAAAUCAAGAUAAUUUAAUUUUUUUAUAGUUUUAGUAAUUAAAUAAAAAUUGUGAUCUUACAAAGAUUUUUCCUUUUUUGUGACAUUUCAGGCUAAGCUGAUUACAUGUUUUUUUUACUUUUGUCCCUUUGUUCUUAUGUGUCAUUUAUAUGAAAUCAUUUGUGGAACAGUGAAACAAGCAAGCACCAAGACAGGCAGUUUGUGCAAAGUCUUGAGCCAUGUUCAGCGUAAUUUCACAUAAAAGCUUUACACAUUCUCAUUCUGGCAGUUUAUAUUUAAAAAGGUGUAUUAUAAAUAGGAGUUCAUCUGUCAGUAAAGAAUUGGUAGUGUUAAACUUUUGAAAUGAUGCAUAGUAAAUAUUGUUAUAUGAAAAUCUUUAACAUUGUUUUACUAUCUGUUUGAAAUAUGCUAUUUUUUGCUGGGUUUCUCAGCUCCAGGUCUAGAAAGUAAUUAUAUGUUUAAUUCAUACAGGCAGUGUUGAAAGAUGGCCAAAGACUGCUGCUUCAGAUUCCACCACCCUCCUGCUUUGUGAUUUCUAGUUUCACGCUUCGGAUUUUCAGCGUUGUUUCUUGGCAGUGACAGGCUGUCUUGAAAUCUGCAGUUGUCUGGUUUCCAGUUGUGUACUUAGUGUGUACAUUUUUGUUUAUACUUGAGGCCUGCUCCUUUUAUGUCAUUUUACUUCACUGUAAUAUAGUGUUUUUAGAAUGAACUAUUGAAAUUUCA